AUGAUUGCCAGGCACCAAAGCACCCGAAGCAGCUCCCGGGGCUUCAGCAGUGGGUCAGCUGUGGUGGGUGGGGGCCGGCGGGCAGCCUUCAGUUCAGCCUCCAUCUCUGGGGGUGGAGGCCGCUGCUCCUCUUCUGGAGGCUUUGGCAGCAAGAGUCUCUAUAACUUUGGGAGAAACAGGAACAUCAGUAUGGCAGGGGGCCGGCAAGGGGCUGGCUUUGGAUUCGGGGCUGGAGGUUUCGGUGCUGGAGGCUUUGGUGGGGGAUUCGGUGGCCAAGGGGGAGCCAACUUCCCCGUGUGCCCUGCUGGUGGGAUCCAAGAGGUGACUGUUAACCAGAGCCUGCUGACCCCACUCCACCUGGAGAUUGACCCAGAGAUCCAGAAGGUGCGGACAGAGGAGAGGGAGCAGAUCAAGAUCCUCAACAACAAGUUUGCCUCCUUCAUUGACAAGGUGAGGUUCCUGGAGCAGCAGAACAAAGUCUUGGAGACCAAGUGGAAUCUCUUGCAACAGCAGACAACCACCACGUCUAGCAAAAACCUAGAACCUUACUUUGAGACCUAUCUCAGCUGCCUGAGGAAGCAGCUGGAUGGCUUGCUCAACGACAAGAGUCGCCUACAGUCUGAACUGAAGAGCAUGCAGGACAGUGUGGAAGACUUCAAGAAAAAAUAUGAAGAAGAGAUCAAUAAGCGUACAACUGCUGAGAAUGACUUUGUGGUCCUCAAGAAGGAUGUGGAUGGUGCCUACAUGAACAAAGUAGAGCUGCAGGCCAAGGUGGAUGCCCAAAAUGAUGAGAUGAGCUUCCUGAGUGUCCUUUAUGACAUGGAACUUUCCCAGAUGCAGACCCAUGUCAGUGACACCUCUGUGAUUCUCUCCAUGGACAACAAUCGAUCUCUGGACCUGAAUAGCAUCAUUACUGAGAUCCAAGUACAGUAUGAGGAUAUCAUCCAGAAGAGCAAGGCAGAGGCCCAGAGCCUAUACCAGAACAAGGUCCAGCAGCUUCAGAAUUCUGUUGAUCUUCAUGGUGAUAACCUGAAGAGUACUAAGAGUGAGAUCUCUGAGAUCAACAGGAUGAUCCAGAGGCUUCGGUCUGAGAUUGAAAAUGUCAAGAAGCAGUGCCAGACCCUGCAGACAUCUGUGACCGAUGCUGAACAGCGUGGGGAGCUGGCCCUAAAGGACGCCCUCAGCAAACAGACUGAGCUGGAGAGUGCCUUGAGGAAGGCCAAGGAGGAGCUGACCAGGCUGUUGCGAGAAUAUCAAGACCUUAUGAAUGUCAAGCUGGCCCUGGACCUUGAGAUUGCCACUUACAGAAAACUGCUGGAAGGAGAGGAGUGCAGGAUGUCUGGAGAAUGCCAGAGUGCCGUCAGCAUCUCUGUGGUUGGUGGCAGUGUCAACUCUGGAGCCCACGGAGGAGGCCUUGGGGGCAGUUCCGGCGCGGGGCUCGGCGCGGGGCUCGGUCUGGGGACUGGCGGCCGAAGCAGUGGCAGCUCCAGUACCACGGUCGUCUCCUCCACCAGCGUGAGCAAGACCAGCCGAUAA